CCAACCUCCCUCUCUUUUGUCCUCCCCAGGUCUCAGAGCCAUGAAGCUGAAUGAGCGAAGCCUGGCCUUUUACGCCACCUGCGACUCCCCCGCCGACAACGCCGGCUUCCUCUACAAGAAGGGCGAGCGCAACACGGCCUACCACAAGCGCUGGUUCGUGCUGAAGGGCAACAUGCUCUUCUACUUCGAGGAGAAGGACAGCCGGGAGCCCGUGGGCGUCAUCAUCCUGGAGGGCUGCACGGUGGAGCUGUGCGAGGCCGCGGAGGAGUUUGCCUUUGCCAUCAAGUUCGGCUGUGCCAAGUCGCGCACCUACAUCCUGGCGGCCGAGAGCCAGGCCGCCAUGGAGUCCUGGGUCAAGUCGCUGUCGCGGGCCAGCUUCGACUACAUGCGCCUGGUGGUGAAGGAGCUGGAGAAGCAGCUGGAGGAGAUGCAGUGGGGCCUGGCCGGCUGCCGCAGAGUCCAUCGGAGGUCGCCCAUCUACCGGAAGGGCAAGCUGGCUCUGGGACCGGACCCUGCGGCCAUAGCUGUGGAGCUGCCGCCACCCCAGGAGAAACCCCCGGGCCCGUCUUGUCCCUCCCUGAAGGAGAACGGCUGUGCAGUGUGGAAUAACACCCAGGGCGUGCAGGACCUGCCCGACGGGGGCAUCCCCGGAGGCCCUGCCGACUCAGGGAGCAGCUGUGAAGUCAGCCCCAAGCCACCUCCCUUGCCACCUCGCCGACGCGCCUCCUCCGGCAAUAGCCGUGGCACGGGACCCGUGGCAGUGGAAAGCCGUGCGUGCCCAGGCACGGCGUCUUUCUCCAGGCUGCACGACUGGUACGGCAGGGAGAUCAUCCAGCUGCGGAGAGAGUGGCUGGAGAGCCGGAGGAGCCACCAGCUGUGACGGGGGCUCUCUGAGCAGGACGGCAAGAUGGGGUUGGAGGGGAGACUCAUUCGGAAACGCUGAGCUGUCUCUGCCAUCUGCCUGGGUGUGAGCCAAGCCUGAGACACGCUCACGCGGUGCCGACCUGUCAGCAGGAGGGGGAAAGUCCCCGUCUCCUGUCGCACGCCUGGCUCUGGCGGGGAUUUAAGCGAGAAGCUCUUGCCUUUCCCCGGCCGUCGGCAGGGUGGACGUGGCAGAGGCGGUGGCUGUUCCUGACUCUGCCUCCCGAUUCCUGCCCUUCCUCCUGUGGCAACGUGUCCUGCUUGGCCCUUCUGUUGCAGGCCACCGACUUUAGGCCCGGUGGUCCAGGCUCGCGCUUGAGAAGCAACAUCUCCGAGAGGUUUUUGGAGACGUCCCUCCGGGCUCCACGUCCCACGCGGACCUGCUGUGGGAAAAGCUUCCAGGUCUGACAGCAUCUGUCCCUGUCCGCAGGCCUCACAUUUCUGCAGCAUCCGACGUGCCAGCUGCAAGGCGGGGAUGAGAAGAGGGGGGUUUCUGCUGCAAUCUGCUGCCACGCUGGGAGUCCGCUUCCCCGCGGCUCAGAUCAGCUCUUUAGCCCGCCUGGCCCCUGCAACACUGGACGUCAGAAAUAUCAGGCCUGCUCAAAGCCCAGGGCCUGUCGUCAUUGCUGCGGCACCGGGCAGGGGCAGAUUUUCUGCAUCGUUCUCAGGCCUAGGUCUCACCAAACUAAACAGCAGCCAGGAGGUGAAUAGCAACGGUGGGCCAGUCUCGGUCAGGAUUCAGGGAUGAGGUUGGACUUCAGUG